GGAGGCCGAAUCGGCGAUGCGGCGUCUUCCGACUAUCGCGUCGCUGUGUUCGGCGCUGGUGGCGUCGGCAAAUCUUCCAUCGUUCAACGAUUUGUCAAGGGAACCUUUUCGGAUAACUAUGUUCCGACAAUCGAGGACACUUAUAGGCAGGUAAUCAGCUGUAAUCAGAAGAAUGUGUGCACAUUGCAAAUCACUGACACCACCGGAAGUCAUCAGUUUCCGGCCAUGCAGCGACUAUCAAUUUCUAAAGGACACGCUUUUAUCUUAAUCUAUUCGGUUACGAGUAAGCAGUCACUUGAAGAACUGGCGCCAAUAGUUAAAACGUUGAUGGAAGUCAAGGGAAGCAGUUUGUCUGAUGUGCCGAUCAUGCUGGUCGGAAAUAAAAGUGACGACAGAGAGAGAAGAGAAGUGACAAAGGAGACGGGAGCAAAAGUGGCUGACAAAUGGGGAACCGGAUUCAUCGAGACGAGUGCCAAGAACAACGACAACAUUACGGAACUUUUUCAACAGCUUCUCGCGCUAGAAAAAAAGCGCACACUAGCUCUUACGAUGGAUGAUCCCGAUGGAAAGGAGACCAAACGAAAAGGAUGCUCUCUAAUGUAA